UCCUCCUCCUCCCUCCCUCCUUCCUCCCUCCCUUCUCUCUCUUCCGUGGGCGAGAAGUGCCCGAAAUCUGCAACGGGGAAAUAGCUUCUCAAUUUGAUUCCUCCGAUCGUUCGAAUCCCAUUCGUCGGAUCGAAUCGACGUCAAACGCAUGCGCUCGAUCUCCGAUGCGGUCUUGUCCGACGCCCCGAGGAGGUAGCGGAGUCAUCGUCGUCGCCCCGGCACAGCCGCGCUCGCGCUUCAUCGGGAGAUCCGACCGCGGGAUCGAGGAUCGGCGCCGCGCCUGAUGGUGGGCCCCGCGGGGCCGUCAGCCUCCUCGCCGGUCUCUAGCCGCCGCCGCCGCCCCGGCCUCGGGGGAGGCGGCGCUCCCGUCGCCGCCGCCGGGGAGGUGGGGCUGCGCCCAGGACCAUGCAGCUUCACUUCUCGCCUAGCAUGAGAAGCAUUACGAUAUCGAGUAGCAAUGGGUUUGUUGACUUGAUGAAGAUCAAGGUCGCAGCUCGCCACAUCUCCUACCGGACCCUCUUCCACACCAUUCUCAUCCUCGCUUUCUUAUUGCCGUUCGUGUUCAUACUCACCGCCGUCGUCACCCUCGAAGGCGUCAACAAGUGCUCCUCUUUCGUUUCAGGUUGUUUAGGCCGGCGGUUUGGACCUACAAUUCUUCGCAGGGUUGAUCAUUCGGGGAGACUGGUUAGAGACUUUCAGAAGAUUCUAAGCGAAGUAAAGAGUGCAGACAUCCCAGAUAAUUUAAAGCUCCCAGAUUCAUUUGAUCAACUUGUAUUAGAGAUCCAAAACAAUCAGUAUGACGCAAGGACCUUCGCACUCAAGUUGAGAGCAAUGAUGGAGAAAUUCGAAAAAGAGAUAAAGGAAUCCAAGUUUGCAGAACUGAUGAACAAACACUUUGCAGCUAGUUCUGUUCCCAAAGGCAUUUAUUGUCUCUCUUUGCGUCUAACUGAUGAAUAUUCUUCUAAUGCUCAUGCACGCAAACAAUUGCCUUCUCCGGAGUUGCUUCCUUUACUCACUGACAACUCUUGCCACCACUUUGUUUUAUCGACUGAUAACAUUUUAGCUGCUUCAGUUGUUGUGGCUUCCACCAUCCAGUCAUCUCUGAAACCUGAAAAAGUAGUCUUCCAUGUCAUCACUGACAAGAAAACUUAUGCGGGGAUGCACUCUUGGUUUGCACUUAAUCCUGUAUCCCCUGCUAUUGUGGAAGUGAAAGGCAUACAUCAGUUUGACUGGUUAACAAGAGAGAAUGUUCCUGUACUAGAAGCUGUGGAGAGCCACAGUAGCAUCAGAAAUUAUUACCAUGGAAAUCACAUUGCUGGGGCCAACCUGACCAGCACAACUCCAAGGACAUUUGCUUCAAAAUUACAGGCUAGAAGUCCAAAGUAUAUCUCUUUGCUCAAUCAUCUCCGAAUAUAUCUUCCUGAGCUCUUUCCUAACCUUGACAAGGUGGUGUUCUUGGAUGAUGAUGUUGUAAUUCAGCGCGACUUAUCUCCACUUUGGGAGAUUGACCUUGGGGGAAAAGUUAACGGAGCUGUAGAAACUUGUAAAGGUGAAGACGACUGGGUUAUGUCCAAGCGGUUCAAGAAUUACUUCAAUUUCUCCCAUCCCCUCAUAGCAGAAAAUUUAGAUCCAGAGGAAUGUGCAUGGGCCUAUGGGAUGAACAUCUUUGAUCUUCGUGCAUGGAGGCAAACUGGUAUAAGGGAAGCUUACCAUGCCUGGUUGAAAGAGAAUCUGAAGUCAAACUUGACGAUGUGGAAACUGGGAACAUUGCCUCCUGCUUUGAUUGCAUUCAGAGGCCAUGUUCACCCAAUUGACCCUUCAUGGCACUUGCUUGGCUUAGGUUAUCAAAUUAAGACAGACAUUGAGAGCGUGAAAAAGGCUGCAGUAAUCCACUAUAAUGGUCAGUCAAAACCUUGGCUGCACAUUGGCUUUGAGCAUCUACGCCCUUUUUGGACCAAAUAUGUUAACUACUCCAACGAUUUUAUGAGGAACUGUCACAUCUUGGAAUCAUAGUCUAUUAGCUGGAAGAUCUAGAAGCUAAAGAGAUGCAAGUGGAAAACAUGUAAGUGGUAUUGGGGUGCGCAUAAAUAGCACUAGAGUUCGAGCUUUUCAUCAGGACCCAUGUGAAUUACAAGCAGUGGUUGGCCAUAUGGCACCUUUGAAGUCUGGUUUCCUUCUUGUCGCUCCCACUGUUUGGACAUGACUCAACACAGGCUCGAGAAUUUUUUGAUUCUGUAACAUAGCCAUUCAUUGGAUUUUCUUAUUAUUAAAGACGACAGCCUUGUGAUCUGUCCUCCAUGGGAGGUCUUGCCUGAUUCGGAAGUCCAUGGAUCUGAAAUCAGGUGUAAGAUGAGAAGUGUGAUGGCGACAUGCUUAUGGUGCUGGUUCGAGUAUUUUGGGCCAAGUCUUUGUUAGGUUUCUCUAUCAGCUCUCCCACACUUUCACAAGUUCUUUUAAGUUUUGUUAGUUACCUCCCCUUUUGUUUUACUUGUUGAUUACAGCGAAUUCUAGAAGUAGAUCAUGGAGAUUGUUUUUUAGAGGUUCCAAUUUGUUGGGAACUUUUCUUAGGCUGUUUUUGGGUCAUUCAUUUUGUACAAAUCACGAAGAAAGCAUUUGAAAUGUGCAGAAAAUUCUUUGAACUACUUCUCCAUUAUUAUAGGGCCAUGAAUAAUAUGAUGUCCAGGGAUUGCCCUGCAUUUCUCUUUA